GUAGUCCAUGGCCGGUUGUAGGCAGUGGUCCUCACACGUGUCAAUACCGACUUGUAAACUUCAAUCUGAAUGGUUUUUCACUGGCCAUCUCCCAUUAGCUGACUGGAUUUGAAAGUUUAAAAAAUGGUUUUUUACUUCGUCAGCACUGCAGUACAGCCAAGUUGUACCCUGUUUAUGGGAGAAGAAAAACAUGAAAAUGAGGAGUUGAUUAAGUGGGGAUGGCCUGAAGAUGUUUGGUUCCAUGUUGAUAAACUGUCAUCAGCCCAUGUUUAUAUAAGACUCAACAAGGGCCAAGUCAUUGAUGAUAUCCCAGCUGCUAUUUUAGAAGAUGCUGCACAAUUGUGUAAAGCAAACAGCAUCCAAGGAAAUAAAAUGAACAACAUUGAUGUUGUUUACACUCUUUGGUCGAAUUUAAAGAAGACCCCAGGGAUGGAGGUGGGGCAAGUUGGCUUUCAUAGGGAAAAAGAGGUCCGUAAAAUUAGAGUGGAAAAGAGAAUCAAUGAAAUUGUUAAUCGCCUAAACAAAACUAAAGUUGAAAGAAAACCAGAUUUACGAUUUGAAAGAGAACAAAGAGAUUGUGCAGAGAGAGAAGACAAAAAAAGGGUUUUGAAAGAGCAAAAAGAAAGAGAAAGAGAGGAAGAAAAAAGGAAGAAAGAAGAAGCUGAACUGAGGAGUUAUGACCGCUUGUUGAAGACAACAAACAUGAAGACCAAUAAAGACGACGAUGGAAAUGAUUCUGAUGACUUUAUGUAAAAAAAACUCUUACAUUGAAUAAUCAUUGGAUUAUUACAUUAAAUCUUCGCUUUCUUACAUACGAUACGUGAUGCAAAAGAUGCAUCGCAUAAGGCUUGACCUUCCUCUUAAUGAUAAAAAAUUUGAAAUAGAUAACGUGUUUGUGUUGGAACGUC